AUGACACAGUGGAGACCAAUUGCUUUAUGCAAUUUGGUGUAUAAAAUUAGAUCCAAGAUUUUAACUGCUAGGCUCAAAGUUUUGCUACCUGAGAUCAUCAGUCUCAAUCAAUCUGCCUUUAUUGAAGACCGCUUAAUUACAGAUAAUAUUUUAAUUGUUCACGAGAUACUUCAUUCACUUAAGAAGGAGGGUGGACUGGGGAGAUCCAGUUUGGCUCUGAAACUAGAUAUGGCAAAAACUUAUGACCGGGUUGAAUGGCCAUUUGUGGAGCAUAUGAUGAGAAGGUUGGGAAUUGAUUUUGUCUUUCGGAGUUGGGUCAUGGAGUGCGUGUCUACUGUAACAUAUAGUGUGAUUGUUAAUGGUGAGGCUACAGGACAUAUUUUACCUUCCAUUAUGUGCUGA